CCCACACCCACACCCACACCCACACCCACACCCACACCCUCUUGGGAUCCUUGGGAUUCUUGGGAUCCUUGAAUUCCUUGGGAUUCAUUGGAUCCUUGAAUUCCUUGGGAUCCUUGGGAUUCUUAGGAUCAUUGGGAUUCUUGGGAUUCUUGGGAUCCUUGGGAUCCUUGGGAUUCUUGGGAUCCUUGGGAUUCUUGGGAUCUUUGGGAUUCUUGGGAUUGUUGGGAUCCUUGGGAUCCUUGGGGUUCUUGGGAUUCUUGGGAUCCUUGGGAUUCUUGGGAUCCUUGGGAUUCUUGGGAUCCUUGGGAUCCUUGGGGUUCUUGGGAUUCUUGGGAUCCUUGGGAUUCUUGGGAUCCUUGA